AUGACCUCGAUCAAACCCCUCAGUCAGCCAUUGAGCACCGUCGAAGAGAUCGUGGCGCAAGAGAAAGCCCUUGCCCUAUUACACUUCACCUCGGAAGAUGCCUUCGAGCUCGGCGUCCUCAUCCGCAACCGGCUGCGCGACAUCUCGGACAAGCCAGCCGUCAUCAACAUCGCGCUGGCCAACCGCCAGCAGCUGCUCUUCCACGCGACGUCACGCUGCGGCACCGUGCCCGAGAACGACAAUUGGGUCCGACGCAAGCGGAACGUCGUGCUGCGCUUCGGGAUGAGCACCUGGGCUGCGCACAUCAUGUUUGACAAGGGCGACGAGGAGAAGUUCAAGAAAAUGUUCCAGCUGGGCGACAGGUCGGAGGACUAUGCCAUCCAUGGCGGAGGCUACCCGGUUCGUGUGGUGGGUGUCGAGGGGCCGGUGGCGGCGGUUGUUGUGAGUGGCUUGGCGUCGGAAGAGGACCACCAGGUGAUUGUGGAGUGUUUGCAGGAGAUGUUAACGGCGCAGAAGACGACGCAGAAGUAG